AUGGUGCCUAAUCUUCCAGGUCUGCGAGCUCCGCAAGCACCAGCUCGUCGAGAGCCGCAUUUCCUGCUACUCCGUACAGAAAACCGUCAACGACGCGAGCGGCGUUCCCUUCCAAAUGACCCGCAUGCACCUCACCCACCCUUCUUCCCAGAACAACGGAUCGCUCGUUCUCAUGCUCCCCGCGCUCGUGUGCCACCCCAUCGACGCGCUGUCCCCUCUGUUCCCCGACUUCGAGCCGGCGGGCCGGCAGAUGACCGCGUCGUCGGAAGACCCGUCGAGCGUGCGGAUUUCCCGCUGCUUCACGUCGUCGCACAUCGAGGAGACGCCCGUGAGGAUGCGGAGAGGGGGCGAGUCGUAGGUGCUUCCGUCGCUGAGCGAGCUGGAGAAGGUGUGGCCGUGCUCGUUCUGCAGCGAGGUGUUCGCGUCGAAGUCGACGUAGAGGCGAAGGAGGGCUGCGAGGUAGGGUGA